ACCUAUUUAAACGGUUCUGCCUAAAUACUUGAACCUAGAGCAAGUAAAAUAUAAGAUCUAAAAAAUAAAAUGCCACCUGAUAUUCAUAUUUCAUUUCAUAGUUGACACGUCUAUCAUACGCAAAAUAAAUAACAAAUUGUUAGGUGUACAAAUAUUUUCCUGUAAUGCCUUUUCUCAAGAUUUAAAUACUUGACAGGCGAUUGAAAUACCUGCACCUGUCAAGCAGGUUACACAACACAAACUUGCAUUCUCAGUGCCGAAAAUAACAAUGCAGAUUUAUGGUGUCCUCUGAUGUGUUGAGAGCGAAGACAGAUUUUGAGGAAUGGCAAAGAAGUGUUUUGAAGAUCAAAAUCCUCUCUGUUGUUCUAUCUGCUUGGACCAACUUCAGGAUAACAAUUCCCAUGGACACAAUUACUGCCUGGAUUGCAUUAAAGACUGGGAUGCACACGGCAGCAAAGAGACAAGUUAUAGUUGCCCUCAGUGCCGAAAGACCUUCACACCCAGACCUGUUCUCAACAAGAACACCUGCAUGUUUGCAGAGAUGGUGGAGAGGUUUAAAAACACAGGACUUCGGGAUUCUUCACCUACGCAUUUUCAUGGUUCUGGCCCGACGGAGUGUAAAAUCUGUACCGCACAAAAAACAAACACUUUGAAGGUCUGUCCAGAAUGUGAGGAUUUACGCUGCAAGACCCACCCGUGCCAUCGUUUUAAUGACCACACCAGAGAAAAGCACACAGUAAUUGUUGUUAGUGCGGACUAUCACGGCAAUAUCUUCUCUCGGCACAACAGACUGCUGGGGGUUUACUGUCGUACAGACCAACAGUUCAUCUGUACUCUGUGUCUUAAAGAUGCCCACAGAGGACAUGAAGCAUUUUCAAUGAUGCCCGAGAAGAACGGAAAAACUCCAGAACACAGGAGACCUAUGGCAAAAAAAGCACACAGGGGCAAGAGCAAAACAAGUGGACAUGGCAAAAGAAAGUCUAAUAAGAUCAUGCAUGGCACUGGACAUAGACACAGUGGCGGGCAUACCCGGGUCUCACAUGCAAACAGUGGGCAUGAAACUGUCCAACAAAAGAGCAGUGGACGUGGAGUUCAUUCUCAUGGGCACAGUCAUGGUGUUGGACGCAGGAAGAGUAGAGAUGGGGGUCAUGGAGAUUUAAUCACAGGUCAUGGUCAUGACAGGAAAUGGCUCUAGAAGAACCACAGGAGAUACCUAAAAUGUCCAGUGAUUCAUGAAGGAACGUCAAGAGAUUUUAUAUGAGCUUAAGCACAGUUUAACAGAGCAGCAAACUGGAAUGUUGCCUCUACCAGAUUCAGGUGUUCUCACUGCAGCAUUUUUUAGAAUUACUGUAUAUUCUCUUUUGGAUAAUUGUGUAUUUUAUAUAACAAAAGUACUAAUUAGCCCUUGUUUUUACAAUGAACAAUUCACAAGAAUGUAACAAAUUUGUUUUAGAGUAGGGACAUGAAAUAACCUCAUAAAUACA